UUAAAUACUAGCAAAAUCAACUGGGCAAUAUCGAAUUUGACUAUAUUUUACCCAUAUUUAUUCAUUGUACUGACAAAUCUAAGACAGGUCUAUAAAACUUCAUACUUCUUAAUUUGGCUUCUUAAAAUUACAGAUACAAGGCGUCACAACCACUUUAAGGGUCUCAAAGUGAUCAACUUUCGUUUCACCAACAAAGUACUUCAGAACGAAGUCGACGAAGCAAUCUUGAACCUUCACGUUCAGGAAUUAGAACCUAGACAUAAUAUUACCAUAACAGAUGAUCAUUUUACUAUAAAUCUUCAAGUGAAUAGAGUAACUCGUAAUAGUCAAGGGAAUAAAGCGUCUGUACCAUACACAGAGAGUUCGAUCAAGUUGUCGAGGAAGGAUUUGAAGAUUGGGAAGUGGGUGAAGGUCAACGUGACGAAUAUGGUCGCGGAAUUCUUUAGAUUGCCGAGGGAGAAUCUAGCGAUAGUAGUGAGAGUACAAGACUCGAAGAAUAGGAUAAGCUUGGUUGUGCCGCAUCCGAGCUCAGAAUCAAAUAAUGCAUUGAUGCCAUAUAUAGAAGUAAGCCUAAGAGACAAUUCGCACAAGAGAACCCGGAGAAUGAUCGGGAUGGACUGCACUGAAAACUCCAAAGAGGCUCGGUGUUGCAGGUACCCGCUCUCAGUCAACUUCGAAGAGUUCGGCUGGGACUGGAUUAUCGCCCCCAAGCAGUAUGAUGCCAACUACUGCAGCGGCGAAUGCCCUUACAGUUUUCUGCAGAAAUAUCCUCAUACUCAUUUAGUCCAUUUGGCCGCUCCCCAAGGCAGCGGUGGCCCGUGCUGCGCCCCAAGAAGAAUGAGCAGUAUUUCUAUGCUGUACUUCGACCACGAUUUGAACAUCAUCUAUGGAACUAUUCCUGGCAUGGUCGUCGAGAGCUGUGGCUGCUCAUAGCGACCGCGUCAUCAAUGAUAGGUACCUUGGACAUUCGAAGUUAUUUUGGUUGUUUCUUCUUUCGUAUAAUUAUUUGGGGCUUUAAGUGUAGUGUUCGUUUCUAUUGUGAUACAUUCGGUUGAAGACUGCGAACCCUUGUGCUGUGUGCCGUGAGUGUGACUAUGUACAUUUACUACUGUAGUAACAUCUAGCGUAAAUUUCAUUUCAUCUUUCAGAUUUUUAGAUUCAUACAAUUUUGAAUUUUAUUCGUAUUAUGUAAAGUUGUUUUUAAAUAAACUCGAAUCAAU